GGUUCCGGUCCUCGGAAUAAGGCCGUGGCUACUAUGGAAGAACCCGAGAUGCAGCUCAAGGGGAAGAAAGUUACUGACAAAUUCACUGAGAGCGUCUACGUCCUGGCCAAUGAGCCAUCUGUGGCCUUGUACCGGCUGCAGGAGCAUGUGCGCCGCUCUCUGCCUGAGUUGGCCCAGCAUAAGGCUGACAUGCAGCGGUGGGAGGAGCAGAGCCAGGGAGCCAUUUACACCGUGGAGUACGCCUGCAGUGCCGUGAAGAACCUUGUCGACAGCAGCGUCUACUUCCGCAGCGUGGAGGGUCUCCUCAAACAAGCCAUCAGCAUCCGGGACCACAUGAACGCCACGGCCCAGGGCCACAGCCCCGAGGAACCACUCCCACCCUCCUCAGCCUGAUCCCAGAAGAGACUUGGAGGUGCUUCGGCCCCUCUGACCCAGGAUCCUGCUUCAGAUGCCACCUCCUUGGGGCUCCCCUGAAGCCCUGGGGGCAUCUCAGAGCUCAUCUUGACCCUCAUCUCUACUCCCCUAGCCUGACCAAAGCUGGACUCUUUGACACAACCUUGUGGGACUUGGUGGGGACCGAAGACCAAGCAAGUGUGGCCGGCACAUCCCUCCUGUCUCUGGGCCAGCUAUGAACGUUCUGAGACGAGACUUUGCUGCCCUUGGAUUCUUACCCGCCCCUCACUGGCCCUAGCCCUGGACAUGGACAUGGCCAUGGCUCCUUGGACCAAUAACUGCUGCCACGACCACACACCUGCUGUGUGUCCAGCUCUGUGCCGGGUACCUCACAGUGGUCAUCUUUCAUCCUCAGACAGCCCUGUAAGGGAGAUGUCACCCCAAAUACAGAUGGGAUAAGAGAG